CGCCGCCGCUGACAGUUUGGUUACAGUGGAGGCCGGACGCGGGCUCAGUGUGCUCCCGGCGCUCAGAGGGUUCAAACAGCCGCUGCUCGCUGUGCAGGCUGUACGGGGCACCCCAGUGGCUUGCUGUGUAGUGGAGAGUACAGUGGCGGUGUUGGUGGCCGCGUCCCGUGUUGCUGCAUCCUCUACUUCUCCACCACGGUCCCAGUCGAGUGGAUGGUAUUGAUUCACAAGAACAUUUCCCGCCAAGAGCAUCUCGUCAACAAGUUUCUAAGAUUACGCUGCUGGAUUUACGCCGUCACCAUGACUGAGUGAAGGAGGAGGAUUGAUCUGUGAGACAUGCCACGGAUAAUGGGUAUCGAUCAUGGAUAGUGAACAACCGCAUCAGGAGCUGGUGAAAUGUGUGGUUGUGGGCGACACAGCUGUGGGCAAAACUCGCCUCAUAUGUGCCCGCGCCUGCAACAAGAAGUUUUCCCUUUCCCAACUGCUCAACACACACGUGCCAACCGUCUUCGCGAUCGACCAGUACAGGAUAUACAAGGAGGUGUUGGAGCGGUCGUGUGUGGUAGUUGACGGUGUGAAUGUCUCCCUCCGCCUCUGGGACACUUUUGGGGACCAUGAUAAAGACCGACGCUUUGCCUAUGGCAGGUCGGAUGUGGUGCUGCUUUGCUUCUCGGUGGCCAACCCAGUCUCUCUCAGAAACUGCCGCGUCAUGUGGUAUCCGGAGAUCCGGAGAUUCUGCCCCAACACGCCAAUUCUUCUGGUGGGCUGCAAGAAUGACCUCAGGUACAUCUGCAAGGAUGAGGAGUACCUCCGCUACUGCCAGGACCGCUCGCCUCUCGUCAGGCCAGUGCGGGAGUGUGACCUGGUGAUGCCAUGCGAGGGCCGAGCAGUGGCCAGGGAGAUUGGAGUGGAGUACUAUGAAACCUCGGUGCUGACCUACUUCGGAGUGAAUGAGGUUUUUGACAAUGUGAUCAGAGCCGCCCUCAUAUCCCGGAGGCAGCAGCGCUUCUGGAUGACCAACCUCAAGCGCGUCCAGAGACCUACUUUACAGGUGCCUUUCUGCCCGCCCAAGCCCAAGGUACAGGAGCCGUCUCCAGUGAGGAGCACCCUGCAGGAGGAUCUCCACUGCCUCCUCUCCUGUGCCGCCUUCACUGACCUGGUGCUGGUGGCCGGGGGCAGCACCACCUCCGGCGGCACCGUAGUCCAUACUCACCGGUUCUUGGUGGCGGCUGCAUCAACUGCCUUCCACAAGCUGCUCAUGACAGAUCUCUCUGACUGUGCUGCCACAAGACGUAGUUCAGACUCCAGCAUGUUGAGUGGGACCUUCGGAGACACCACCUUGGGGAACUUCAACUCAGACACAGAAUGCCUCCUGGCAAAUGACCACAACCAGCACCGCCCAGCCAGAAUACGAGAAGCUGUGAAGCGCAGGUCCAGCAUGCAGACUCUGACACAAGACCAGCGGCCCGGCAUCCACAGAGAACUCAAUCAUCCAGCCUUCCAAGCCAUUAGUAUAGAGCAGUGGGACGACAGAGGUAGUGAACAGAGCAGCUGUGAUCGUAGUCCCCGGCAGAGUCCGGCCUGGCUGCCCAUUCAGACUGUGGUCCACCUCAGCAAGCUGGUCACUGGCUCAGUCUUGCGUGUCCUCCUUCACUUCCUCUACACAGGCACCAUAUUUUGUCGAGAGUGCCAGCUGCCUUCCAUUGACCUUAGUGAGCUGAAACAGGCAGCAGAGUUCCUGGAGCUGCCUGAACUACAGAUGUACACCUCAAACCUGAUGAAGAAGGAGGAGUUUUUGAAUAAUGACCUGUCUCAGCAGUACUUACAGAUGCUGUCUGGGCGGCUAAAGGAGCUGUGUCUGGAGGGAGGCCUGUUCUCAGAUGUAAUGUUCCAACUGGAGGACGGCACCACAGCUGUCCACCGUCCACUGCUCAUGGCUCGGUGUGACAUGAUGCAUGCCAUGUUCUCUGGAGACUUCAGGGAAAGCAAUGCCAAAGUGAUUACCUUCCCAGGAGUGAAGCUGAGAACCUUCCACAUCCUGCUUCAGUACCUCUACACUGACAGUGUACCAACCCUCAAGAUACGAGAGUGUUUGCCUGUGAUAGAGCUCGGCAACCGCCUCUGCCUGCCUCGCCUCAUCUCACUGGUGGAGAUCGAGAUCAUUGAUCUGUUCCAGCGAGUGAUCCAGGCCGGUGGGGAUGUCAGUGAGGACUGUAUCUACUUGCUGGAGCCCCUACAGAUGCACAAUGCAGACCAGCUAGUGGAGUGGUGCCUCACCUGCAUGGCCACCAACUACAACCAUGUGUGUCACAAGCAUACCAAACAGCUGCGUGCCCUCCACCCUGAGAACCAGGCCUACCUGAACCGCCACCGCUGGCCCCCUGUCUGGUACCUCAAGGACUACGAUUACUAUGAGCGGUGCCUGAUGGAGCGGCAGCGGGAGGAGAACCCCAUCAAGCCUCUCAAGCGGUCCCGCAACACUGCCGGCUGCCUGUGCUUCACCUCCAAGAGUCGCAGGAACGCCGAGAAACAAAACUAUCGCACAAUGGCCUACAACACGUGUAGCUGGUACUGCUGGCCCUGGAUCGAGAACCUUUUAUGAACCCACCUGCCACUUCACCCUCGCCGGCCAUCCAUCAGCUGAACCGUCGUCCUUCUCACCGCAGUCACCUCACCAUUAUCAUUCGCCUCCGCCAGUAGUCUUGACUAAAGUUUUAGUUUAUUUUCUCUUGUUUUAGUAACGUCAUUCAUCGUCAACUGUCACCUUUCGUAUGUGAUCAUUAGGGAGUAGCAGCCACCUGUCAUUCACGUCGGUACCGUCACUCAUUACCGGGGGACAAGAGUUGUGUUGUCCUCCGUGAGUUUGGAGGAGACGCCGCCGCGGCCUGGUGAGGUGUGGCUCACCUGUGUUCACUGGUCUCACCUGUCUUUCAUUACCUACAUGGUGACACCUGCUUGGCGGGAUUGUACAAACGCAUACGUGCGUGCAAAUAUACUUUUGAGUUACGUUCUUUAGCAGAAAGUUAUGUAUAAUACGAUAUUUUGUUGGUUUUCAAAGUAUGUGCCAUCCUCGAAAUCGCCGAAAAAAAAGCAACCUUAUCAGAUCGUGAGUAUAUUUCUACAGUUUUGUCGUGAUAUGGUUGAUUUAGAACUGUAGGAUUUUGUUCCCCGCCCCACUGCCUGCCUUGCCAGGUCCCGGGCCGUCCUCCACCACCACCACCACUACCACCACGCCAUCACCACCACCACCACAUGAGCAUCCGUCUGCAGCAUCACUCGUCAAGGCCUUGAUGUUCCGCUGUUGGGGAUUUUCCUUUCUCCAUUAUGAACAAACUUGGUAUUGUGUAGUGAGUAAAUGUACAUAGUUUCUGUAAAUCUUAUAAUUGUAUCAUUUUUAUUUUUUAUGAGGAAACUCAAAUUUUGGAAUAAGUAGAAGACUGACUAUACAAUAGCUCUCAAGGGUCACUGUUGAGCAGACUCGAGUUUAGCGGUCGCCAGAAGCUGACAUGCAUGUACUACGCCUCACUCAACAAGAUAAUGACUCAACUGGUCCAGAAAUAUUCAACCAUAAUUCUCACAUCAGGUACCUACUCAAAUCUGCUUCGAGGGUUGUGACAGCUGCUGCCACACGUCUUGCCGCGAGUCCUGCACUACGGCGAUAAACAAGAUAUCUUUUUUUGUAUCUCUUGUCUGCCGACCCAAAAAGUUGGCUCUUUUAUCAGGAAUGAUCCUCUUACAUGCUCAUCUAUCAAGUUACUGGAGAAGCUUAAGUUUUAGUAUUAAUAUUACGAAUAAAAGACAUUUUUUUAUCAACGUUCGUUCAUGUGUUAUGUGUUGCAAAAUGAUGUAAUAUGUAUGGCUGUGUCAGGGAGAAGGUCUGGCAGGGUAGCCAGCGGCUGUGUUGCGGCGCUCAGUGUUGUAAUAAGCGUGGCGGCUGGUAACCAAGGAGCCCUUGGGUGAAGUCUUGCUCCGGGCUGCCUCUAGGCUCCUUCUUCCAGCAGCACACACUCCAACCUCAGAGCCAGCCAGAAAGCACCCGUGACCGGCAGCUGACCGUGCACAACGCUCCACCUGCUCUUAUGAGUACAUCCAUUGAUUCCCGGCUCAUUACUAUAUAUACCUUUUCAUGCUAAAAUCAGGUACAUCUUUUCAAACACCAGAUAUAUGCUUCCCAUCCCCGGAAGAUAAUCGCUCUGUCUUCGUUGUUCCCUUCUUUUACAGUUCGAAACAAAGAAGAGACUUUUGAAGUCAGUAUUCGGGAGCGUUUCAAUCCCCCCAAGCCACAAACCAGCGCUUCCUUCCGUGCAGGUAUCAGCGUUGAGCCGGUCGUUGCAGACUGCCUGCCGAGGAGGGACUGAUGUGUUCUGCCCCGUACUGUGAUGUUCAUUAUCGGUGUAUUACAUCGCUUCAUACUUUUGUGUUCAGUUGCACAUUUAUCAGUGGUUUACACACGAAUUAAUUUCGAAUAGUGCUCAGGCACGUCACACCAAACCAAUGUACUGUGGAAGAUGUUGCACAAGAAGUGGCCUGUUGUGCACUGUUUCAUGAUCUCAUACCUCAUAACACACUUGCCGCACCACCACCACCACCACCACUACACACAUCCACACCACAGAACCAUAUCCCGUGUGACUGCAUAACCAUGUACUGCCGGAGCCCAAAAUUCUGCAGUAGCUUCUCAUGCCAUCACGAUACUUUCUAGGUUUCAUUGGCUGUGCACUCACGCUGUGUGUGAUCCCGACCUCCACUCAUCAGUAACAAUAAAAGAUAGCGCAAUGUUA